UCUUGCCCCCGCGGCACGCUGCUAGUUGCUGGGGUGACACCCCUGCGGCCGCCGCGCUGUUCUGAGGCUCGAGGGUGACAGAGGGCGGCUCCCCUGGGCCCUGAAGGGACGCAGUAGGAGCCCGCGCGGGGCAGCGGCGGACAAAGGCGGCCGCCGCCACCUCCGGCUCCCGCGGACUCCCCGCCGCUGCCCUGGGACAGGCGCUGCAGCCUGAGGGCGGGAGGUGUCGCCCCGCACCCGCGCCGGGAAGCCGCGCCGCUGGCGACCGCGGUGGCGCUGCCGAGCAGAGCCGGGCAGAGCCGGGCGCCGAGCGCCGGCCGAUCGCCCGCCCGCACCCCCUCCCCGGCCGGCUGGCUGGCUGGCUGCGCGCACGGCGAACAUGGCGGCGGCGGUGGGGCGGGACACUCUACCUGAGCACUGGUCCUACGGCGUCUGCAGGGACGGCCGAGUCUUCUUCAUCGAUGACCUGACCCGCACCACCACUUGGCUGCAUCCUCGCACCGGGGAGCCCGUCAACUCCGGCCACAUGAUCCGCUCAGACUUGCCCCGCGGCUGGGAGGAGGGAUUCUCGGAGGAGGGCGCCAGCUACUUCAUCGACCAUAAUCAGCAGACCACGUCAUUUAGACAUCCUGUGACAGGACAGGUUUCUCCAGAAAAUAUUGAAUUUAUUUUGCAAGAAGAACAGAGUUCAUCUAUGUCCAAGCAACAAAUAAACCAAAGACCUUCAAGCAUGGUCAGUGAAACAUCCACCGCAGUCACUACAUCUGCUGUUGAUACAAAGUCUGGCUCUAAGGUUGUGAAGUCUGGAAACAAAGUUCAUAGCUUUGGAAAGAGAGAGCAAGCUAUCAGGAGAAAUCCCAAUGUCCCCGUUGUAGUAAGAGGCUGGCUACACAAACAGGAUAGCUCUGGAAUGCGAUUAUGGAAAAGACGAUGGUUUGUGCUUGCUGAUUAUUGUUUGUUUUACUACAAAGACAGCAGAGAGGAGUCAGUUCUGGGCAGCAUACCAUUGCCUAGUUACGUAAUCUCUCCAGUUGGCCCUGAAGAUCGCAUAAAUCGCAAAUUCUCUUUUAAGGCUGUUCAUACAGGUAUGCGGGCAUAUAUUUAUAAUAAGAAUUCUGUUAUCGGCUCUCAGGCAGAGCAUUCAGGGAUGCGGACGUACUACUUCAGUGCAGAUACCCAGGAGGAUAUGAACGCCUGGAUCCGGGCUAUGAAUCAAGCUGCUCUUAUGCAAACACGCUCCUCACUGAAGAGGGAAACUGAAAAAGUGGAUCAGCAAGCUGUUCCCCAAGUCAAUCAUGUGGAUGCCUGUAAAGAAUGUGUGAAGGCAGAGAUUAGAGAUAAAAAAGAAAGUUACAAAAAACCAGCUGAAAUGCUUGCGUAUGAUAAGUGUGAAGAGAUAAGAAGAGAAAAAGAGGAGGAACAACGUUACAUCCACAGAAAAGGAACUCUGGAAACUAAGAAGGGAAAGGCUAAGCAUGCCUUAACAGAACCUGAUUCAUUAUUUGCAGACUUAACAAAUGCAUCGAGGUCCCAAGUAACUCAGCCUCAGCCAGCUGAGAAAAAUGGAACGCUUCCGAGUUCUUUAAGUGUGAGUGCUGGGCUAGUGGAACAGAAUGGUACCGGCUCGUAUAAAAGAGGGUUUGUUCCCAGAACAAAUCCAGAUAAACAGACUCAAAGAAAAAGUAACAUGGCUCAAGUGGAGCACUGGGUAAAAGUCCAAAAAGGAGACACAAAAAGCCUCACUUCUGAUCAGACUCUUACACGUCAGGGUCCCAAUCCACCUUUUCCUGAAACCUAUCACACUUUGCCAAAGAAUACCAGGCAGCCUUCAGGGAGCUCACCACCACCACCAAACCGCAAUUUACCAAGUGACUAUAAAUAUGCACAAGAUCGUGUAAGCCAUUUGAAGAUGUCCCAGGAGGAAAGGAAGGCGAAUAAGGAUGGAACUGUUUGGCAGCUAUAUGAGUGGCAGCAGCGACAGCAAUUUAAACACGGCAGCCCCACCGCCCCGCUUUACGUAGGUUCUUCAGACUUUAUGGAUCGUGGGAAGUCUAAGAGUUCAUUAGAUGUUCCACGAUCAAUAUCUGUUCCACCCUCUCCAUCUGAUAUUCCUCCACCUGGACCUCCAAGAAGCUUUCUCCCAAGGAGACCACAUACUCCUGCUGAAAGGCUUACAGUUAAACCCUCUGAUGAGAAACAAAGUGUAGAUGUUCCUUUUGCUGGCUCACCGAGGAAGAUAGGAAAUCCUGCUGUAAAGAGCUCAACUCACAUUGAUCGACGCUCUAUGCCUGCUAUGGGUUACAUGACACAUACUGUGAGUGCACCCAGCUUGCAUGGCAAGUCGCCUGAAGAGCUAACAUUGCUUCUCAUUCGAUUAAGGAGACAUCAGGCUAAGUUGGCUAGUAUACGAAAUUACACAAUCGCACAAUUACUGCAGCACUUGCCAACUAAUUCCACCUAUCAGGCGGAUGACACUUACAUCCAGUUGAAAAAGGAUUUGGAGUAUUUGGAUCUAAAGAUAGAAAAUAAUGGACCUCUGAUCAACAUGAUAUACAAAGUGCUAAAGAACUCAGCACAAGGGUUACUAUCCAGUAUACAUGUGACAGGGCGUGACACCUUGAAAGAACGAAGUACAAAACCUGUCAAGAUUGCAGAAAGUGAUAUUGAUGUCAAGUUAAGUGUUUUCUGUGAGCAGGACAGAAUUCUGCAGGACUUGGAGGAUAAAAUAAGAGCCCUCAAGGAAAAUAAGGAUCAGCUGGAGUCUGUUUUGGAGGUUCUACACAGGCAGAUGGAACAAUACAAAGACCAACCACAACAUGCAGAAAAAAUUUCUUGUCAGCAGAGACUUUUGCAAGAGGAUCUCAUACAUAUUCGGGCGGAAAUAUCCAAAGUUUCAACGGAAAUGGAAAAUGCCUGGAAUGAAUAUCUGAAAUUAGAAAAGGAUGUGAGCCAGCUGAAAAAAGCCUUACAGGAACAGAUGAAUAGUUCCUUAGUAGCUCAGGAGAAAACACAAAUACAGAAAGACCUGUGGAGAAUUGAAGAUGUUACAGCUGGCUUGAGUGCAAAUAAAACGAAUUACAAAACCAUAGUGGACUCUAUCAAGAAUCCAGAAAGAAAAAUAGUGCCUUCGUUUUCCCAGUCUUCAGUGCCUUCCUUACCAGCUUCCCUUUCAACUGUGGAGAGCAAACUCUCGGUUCUGCAGAGCCCUCCAGCCAGCCCAGUUAAAUCCCCUCUGGAGGUUAGGCUGUAUCCGCAGCCUUACUUUCAGGCCAGAGCGCAGCAGCAAGCACAGCAGCUGAAAAAAAUUGAGCCACCGCUUCAGUCACCGAUGAAGCUUAAGCCAAAGGUUCAGGAAGAUGAAGCACCACCCAGACCUCCUCUGCCUCAGUUGUACAGUCCUGAUGAUCAUCCACCAGCUGUUCCACCUCUCCCAAGAGAAGCUACUGUCAUCAGACACACAUCAGUGAGGGGCUUGAAGCGUCAGUCAGAUGAACGAAAGAGAGACAGAGAGCUGGGACAGUAUGUAAAUGGAGACUAUAGGGUGGAGCUGCGUUCAUACAUGAGUGAACCAGAGUUAGCAAUGAUGGGUGGUGACCUCAGCCAGCCUUCCAGGGGUUUAAUGAGCUCUGAGAGUGGAUACCAGACAUUACCUACCCGUGGUCUAUCUGGAUCAACUUCCAGAUUGCACCAAUCAUCUACCAUUUCAUCGUAUGCAACGUUUCGAAGGGAUAGGUCAAAGGAGAGACCAAAGAGUGCCUUGGAACGUCUGUACUCCGGAGACCACCAAAGAGGCAAGAUGAGCGCAGAAGAACAACUAGAAAGAAUGAAACGACAUCAGAAGGCGUUAGUUCGUGAGCGCAAGAGAACUCUUAGCCAAGGAGAAAGGCAACCUGUUUCAUCCCGCUCUUUCAUCAGGCCCAUUUCUGCAGACGUAGGCUCAUGGAAACGAGAGCAAGAAUUUGAUUUGCAGUUACUUGAGAGGGCAAUUCGUGGAGAAGACAAGGAUGAAAAUGAGUGGUUAAAAGUUCAACCAGUAGCAGUCACAGAGACAGACCUGGAGCCUCAAGACUAUGAUUUAGAUAUCAGCAGAGAGUUGUCAAAACCUGAGAAGGUUUCAAUUCCAGAGCGCUAUAUUGAACUGGAGCCAGAAGAACCUCUUUCUACAGAAGAACGAGCAGCAAGGCAGCGUAAAGCAGAAAAGAUAAAGAAUAUUCUUACUAAGUCAAGUAUGCACAAUCUCCAACCUACUGUCGCCCAGGACAAACACAACUCGGUUGAUUUAGAUUCACAGCUGCAGGAGCAGGAGCGCAUCAUUACCAUAUCAUACGCUUUGGCUUCUGAAGCCUCUCAAAGGAGCAAGGAGGUAGCAGCUCAGCAGUUGACCUAUGCAUCUAAAGCACCCUCACCUUCUGUACCACAGCCACCUCACUCCCCCUUAAGCAAUGGAUUUCACUACACAUUUGUUUAAGCACCUUAAAACCAAAGCAGUGAGUGAACACUGACAUAAGACUCAAAGCAAAUCCCCACCUAGUGACACCACGUGGAAGGAAGAGGGGAGUCUUUGCCAGCUUUCUGUGAGGAUGCUCAUCGGCUGAUGAGGGGUUCUUCUGGAAAUACAUACAGAGAAUUAUAGGGGGAUUUUCUAUGAAAAUGAAGAGGAUUGCAAACCAUUUUAUUUUUACUUCAAUUUAGUCCAGACUUUUUAUACAAAUAAAUGGCACUUUUAAUAAACUGUAAAAUACUUACAAUGUAUUUUUAGGACAGUGUAAUGUGGAAUUGUUUUUUUUAAAUCAAGGGCUGAAUUAGAAGCUGCUUGCCUAGAUGUUAAAAAAUGCUGUUACUUCCUCCUUGGGCUCAGAUGCACAAUGUAAAGUUUCCUGGUAAAAAAGUACAGCUGAACAAACCUAGAAGCACGUUGGUAGAGUAUGGGUAGAAGUAAGGUUUGCUGAAAGGGUGUUUUGGAUUGAGGAUGUUUGUAGAGUUAAUCACCCACCCUUUUCCCCAUUAAAUAAUAUACUGCAAGAAACUUUUAGCUAGAAGGUCUAAACAUCAUUAUCCGAUCUACAGCUGAAAUUUUCCAGAGAAGCCAUAAGGAAAGCCUGUUUUAAGUCCUGUUUCCUUUUCUGACCCCAUGUGAUUGACUUGCUGGUGUCAACACACAGUAUGCUGUGUCUUGACAGCGCCGACCCCUCAGUGAUAAACAGCUAACAAAUGAUGUUGUUUUUGACAGGCGAGAUGUGCAAGAGGGUGACUUUUAAUUAGAAUAUGUGAACUAAGCAAUACAAAUAAAUAACACAGUCUGUCAUCCUCCUAGUACCUAUGUAUUUUUCUUUUCAUUUGUUUUCAGUCAACGUGACAGUAUUGGUGUAUUGCCUAGUAUUUAUCCUGGAAACAGCAAAACUAACGUAGUAUGGCACCUACUAAUUUUGGAUGUGUGUUCACUUGGUGCUUAACUUUGCCAAACCUUGAAAUUCAGUGUUUCACUUGUGUGUAGGGUAAAGGGUGAGGUAUUACAUAAGGAGAAAAUAAGACUAAAUUAAUUGUUGCAACUACUUCACUUGAAAAAAAAAAAACAAACACCUGUGUAUGUGUUGAAUGCAAGUCAUGCAAAAAUUCCCCGUGGUGUAAUUGUUAGUUGAGUUCAGCUCUGAGUGAGAAAUGACUGAGAAAUACUUGUGUGGUGUUUUGUGAAACCACUAACUUGGUCACGUGCUGUAUUCAAGUCAUAGCUACGAAACCCUUGAAAUUGACUUUCAAGUUUCAGACUUUAAGAUGAAUCAUGUUAUAUUAACACUAGACUCAGAAAUAGUCUUAAAAGUAUAUAUUUAGCUAACGCAAUCUAUUUUACCUCAGUACUGCCAGUAUCAACUUCAAAACCUUUUGCCAAAAUAAUGAUUUAUUUUUGCCUUUAUAAAAAGUUUUAAAAGCAUAAAUGAAUAUUUUGCAAGAAAACAUUAAUUUAAAUAAAAUGUAACAGUUUGACAAAUGGUAUAUGUACAGAUUAAACUAUUAACCUAA